ACCACUUGAUAACUACUAUAAAUCCCAUAACCAAGAAGUACUGUCUCAUCUUAAAAGCAAUGAAGAUAUUCAAGUGCACCAUAUUAGCUAUAGUUGUUUCCAUUCUAUAUGGUGCAGUUCAAAUCCAUGCACAAGCUCCUCAGAGGUCCACAUGCUUCAGCCGUCAAAGCGCUUGUUUCCUGAGGAGAAUCAGAUGCCCUGAAGAAUGCCCAACCUUUAGGCCUUCGAAUCCCAGAGCUAAAGCUUGUUAUAUCAACUGCGACUCUCCUAUAUGCCAGGCCGAGUGCAAGAAUCGAAAGCCUAAUUGCAAUGGUAAUGGAGCUGCAUGCUAUGAUCCGCGAUUUAUUGGUGGAGACGGGAGAGUCUUUUACUUCCAUGGUAGAAGCAAUGAACAUUUCAGCUUAGUUUCUGACCAUAACCUUCAGAUUAAUGCUCGUUUCAUUGGCCUGCGUCCAGCUGGACGCGCCAGGGACUACACAUGGAUUCAAGCCCUGGGGAUCCAGUUUGGCUUUCAGAAGUUCUCUAUUGAGGCCACUAAGGCGGCUGCAUGGAACAACAACAUGGAUCAUUUGAAAAUUCAGUACAACGAAGAGGACGUGAUUCUAGAAGAAACAGAGCUCUCUGUUUGGAAAUCAGAAGAAGGGAACAUCAAAGCUGAGAGGAUUUGGAGCAAGAAUGAUGUAAUUGUCUCAAUCUCCAAUGUUCUUGAGAUUUCAGUUAGGGUGGUUCCUGUGACCAAGGAGGAUGACAGGGUUCAUAACUAUCAAAUACCAUCAAGUGACUGUUUUGCUCAUUUGGAAGUGCAGUUUAGGUUCUUUAGUCUUUCACCCGAGGUUGAAGGCGUACUAGGCCGGACUUAUCGCCCUGAUUUUGAGAAUCCUGCAAAGCCAGGAGUCGCGAUGCCAGUCGUGGGAGGAGAAGAUAAAUACAAGAUUUCUUCACUUUUGUCUUCGGAUUGCAGAAACUGCAUCUUUUCUCCAACUAACAAUGCCACCGAAAAGGGUACCUUGGAUUUCGAAUAUGGUACAUUGGAUUGUACCAGGGGGCUGUCCAAGGGAAAUGGUAUAGUUUGCAGAAAAUAAAUGCUUUUGUUGGUAAUUGACAUUUUAAGAAAUAAAGUUUUCAAAACUUUCUCUGUUGAAAAUUAUGUUUUAUUCAUGAGUCUCGUGUUCGGUGUUCCUGAUUUGAAAUUCAUGUAUCUGUCUAGUAUAUGAUCACUGAUUCACUGUCA